AUUUCAGGUGCCGUAAAGCCUUAGUGAAAUGCUCCGUUAGAAGUGUGUUAAGAUAUUAUUGUCAUAGAAUGGAAAUUUAUAUUGAAAUAGAAAGUAGGUACAUCGAGGCCUUAUUCAUUUGAAAGAAAAGUUUUUAUCUACAAUUUUUUUACGAAAAUUUUUGAAUUAUUAUCUAUCACUAUUCAUGUUAAAUUGUGAAAUAAUUUGAAGAUAUGUUUUAAAUGUUGUGAACAUCAACAAAAUGUUGCAACACAGAAGUUGACUAACUUGAUAACAAAUUAUUCUACUGUUCAUGAAAUAAUAGUUUAAAAUCUAAAUAUAUUUUCUUGAUAAUUAUUUUUUAAGUUAUAAAAUAGUUAUAUAUGUAUUUUAUUUUUGAGUAUAAUUUUCAAAAUAUCCGGUUUAGGACUGAUUUUCUUAAUGCCGAUGACUACAUUUUAUGUGUAACCAGAAUGCCAGAUUAUUUUUUAAAAAGUUCUUAUGAAUAAAUUAUCUCAAUAAUAAAUGCUUCGACAUUAAGCAGACAUUGUACUCGCUAUGAUGUAGAAACCAAAAUAAUAAAUAAGGAGUAUGAAGAUCAAGGUUAAUCACCGGCUUCAUCAGGUAAGGUCAUGCUAAUCGUAUUUUGAGAUGCCUUAAUUUCAGUAUAUUAUCGAAGUCUAUAAAAGUCUUGAGUCUAUAAAAGUAAAACGUUAAAGGGUGGUGCGCAAAGGUGUUCUCUUGUAUUAAGAUAACCUAGGUCGAUAUUGCAACGGCCAUAUUAAUCUCAAACAAGCUUUGUAUCAGUUGAGUAUUUGCUAUAUUCUUCAGAUUUGGCUCCCAGCAUUCUGUUUUCAAAACAUGCAUGGUAAAUGAGACAAUAAAAUCAUAUUUAUUAAAAAAAAUUGUUACGAGGAUUUCAAUACAUAACAUUUUCAAUAAAAUGAGUGGCAGAUAAUAAGACACUAACACUUAAAGAUCCUCCAGGUACUUAAAGAUGAAUUAUUGCAAUAAACCAUAGGCACACUAAAUAAACUCCAAGCUCCAGUUAUAAAUUUCUUUUAUUUUGUCCUCUUUAGCUCCAUCCUCCUUAUAUUGUCCCUCUUGCACUGUGUUGGCAUCGAUUUAAAAUCGUUUGGCCUCGUCCAUAACUUAUCAUAGGUCGAUGGAUGUCGCUUAAAUUAACCUCAAAUAAUUGAAUGAUGUUGACGUUUUAUGUUUAGAUAUGAAAAUAAUUUAAAACGCUAAAAAUGUCUUUGAAUGAAGUAGUUUCCUGGAAAGAAUCGUUCUUUAAAGAUGAUUUUAAUGUCGAUAUCAGCCUAUCAAAAUUUACCCUAAAAUCCGAUUUAGAAACAUUGAAAAGGGAUUUAAAAAGUUAUGGCACUGAAUUACAGCAGCAAAUGACUGAAAUUCUUAAGAAUGAAACAGAAGCAAUCGUAAAUUUAGCAGAGUAUUUAACAAAUUUAAAUGCCAAGAUUGAACAUCUAUCACUUCCAUUUUUUCAAUUAAGAGAGGAGAUCAUGGCCCUGCUCAAAUUGAUAAAAACAGCUGAAAUGAGCUACAAAAUGAUGUUGUAUGGUAUAAAAAAUAACAAUACUAACAAGAAUAAUUUAAAUUUAAAACUUGGAGCUAUAUCUUCAUCUGUAUACAUAGACAAAAUGCUCAAAUCUUCAGCAGAUUCUUUUGAGGAUAUAAUAAGUCUGGAGCAUAUAGUUGCUAAAUACUCAUUCCAGAGAAGUUAUAUGGAUGAAUUGAAUAUUAUAACAACAGAUAUGAAAGAUAUAAUGGUAAAUAUUGAAAAUCGGUUGGUAAAUAUUAUUAAUAAGAAGUUUCUUAAAGCUGUUGAAAAUGAGGAUACUGUUACUAUUACAAAAUGUUUAAGAAUGUAUGAAAAUUUAAAAAAACAAGAUGAAGCACAAGACAUAUAUAGAAUUGAAGUAGUAAAACCUUAUUUGCGAAAAUUAUUCAAUCAAAAAGGUACAGAAAAGUCUAGCCAAAACUUAGAUCAAAUUUAUGAUAAAGUAGUGUAUUUCAUUGAUACUGAAAUGGAUGUUCUUAAUAGAGUAUUAGAAUCAAAUGGUGAUUUUAAGAAAAUUAAUUUUGUUUAUAACAGCUUUUGGAAAGAGUUUGAUAAGCAAUCACGUGAAGGUUUACCAUAUAUUACUGCUCCGGGCAAUCCUGAAUUGUUCCAAAAAAGAUAUAAAAGUACGUAUGAAAUAUUAUUGAAGAUUGCAACAAAAUGUGGUGAUAAAAACAUUGUAAUAGAAGAUGACACCUUUAUAGAACAUUUGAAACGUUUCAACUUACCUGUUUAUCUUGAAAUUCGAUAUCAAAGAAUAGCAGGAGACUUUGAAACUGCUAUUUAUUUUGAAAAUAAUGAAUUUGUUUCUCCCAAUAAUGAAAUUUCUUGUUACUUGAAGCCUACUGUAGCUCUUUGGAAAGCCGUUUCUCAAUGUUUCCAUGAAGAUAUUUAUUUGGACCAACUUGCUGAUCAGUUUGUCAAGUUAUCCAUGUUAACCUUAUCUAGAUAUUUAAAAUGGUGUGAAACUACUUUACAGAGUAAUUUCAGUACACAUCAAAGUACAGAACAAUUUAUAAUGAAUUGUUUAAUUGACUUUAGCAUUGUGGAAAAAUUUAUGUGCCCAGCAAUAGAAACUCCAGCUGACAUCAACAAUACAGUUUAUAAAAUACUUGAUAGUUCAGUUGUAAUUUUGGUUCCCAAGAUAGUUAAAGCUAACUUGAAGUCAAUAACAAACGUUCUAAACCUUAUGAAAAGUAGUCUAGUUAAAAUGAAAGUGGAAGAAAUUUGUUAUCAGCUUCAACAUGUUGAGGCUAUACCUAGGUUAUACAGGAGAACAAACAGAAGCAUUCCUAAAGAAGCUAGUCCUUACAUGGUGGAAGCAGUUAAACCAAUAACCACAUUCCAUAGUGCAUUCCAGAAUGUUAUAAGUCAUAAGUCCACUGAAAUUUUGAAUGAUAUUAUACUACAAGUGACCAAACAGUAUUUGGAGUUAGUGCAAGGUGUGUUAAGAUCUGUUUGCAAAACUGAAGAAUCUUUGAGAAGAUUAAAAAGUCGAAAUGUAACUACAGAAGAAAUUUCCCCGCAACUCGAUUCGGGAUCAGAUGAAAAGAAAAUUCGAGAACAGAUUAAGCUUGAUGUUGCUUAUUUUCUUAAUAAGUUACAACCACUGGGAUCAAUAGAAUCCAGACAAAUAAUGGAUGUUUUAAAAAAAGAGACACACUAAGAUGCGUCAUCAAAUGAAAAUUGUAUUGUUAUUGUUUUUAGUUAAUUUAUCACAACUCUGGAUGUUUGUUUAAAUAAAAUAUACUUUACAAAUAAACUGUUUAUUUAUAAUGAAU